ACACGAGCUAUAGCAUUAUUCUCAUUUCCCAGCACGCCGGAAAAAGUCAAAAACCAGAGCCUCCUUCUCUUCCCCUCUCUCACGAACUACACACGGUACAGAGCUCAAUCCGAAUGGCUAUGGCGACUUCAGCCCACUACACAACUCCAGUUCCUAACAAAAUUCUGUCCAAAUUACACCUCCAGCACAAACCGUCUAGCGCGUGCUUUACGCGGAACUCGCUGUUUCUCUCUCUAAAAUCUACAGCAAGAAACUCCUCCUCGUUGGUGCCGGCGGCUACCAGCGCAGUGGAAGCCGAGACUCAGAAGUCAUUCGUGACUCCAGCCAAAUUGCUCCCCUUUCGAGUCGGCCACGGUUUCGAUUUGCACCGGCUUGAGCCGGGUUAUCCGCUGAUCAUCGGUGGGAUUAAUAUUCCUCAUGAUCGAGGCUGUGAAGCUCACUCCGAUGGUGAUGUAUUGCUACAUUGUGUGGUUGACGCUAUAUUGGGGGCAUUGGGGCUUCCAGAUAUAGGGCAAAUCUUUCCAGACAACGAUCCUAAAUGGAAAGGCGCGGCAUCAUCUGUAUUCAUCAAAGAAGCUGUCCGGCUAAUGCACGAGGAAGGUUAUGAACUUGGAAACUUGGAUGCAACUUUGAUUCUGCAAAGACCUAAAGUAAGCCCACACAAGGAGGCGAUCCGGGCCAAUUUGUGUGAGCUACUUGGUGCAGACCCUUCAGCCGUAAACCUGAAAGCGAAAACUCAUGAAAAAGUUGACAGUCUUGGGGAGAAUAGAAGUAUUGCAGCGCACACAGUGGUUCUCCUUAUCAGGAAGUACUAGACAGGUCGUUUGAACUAAAAAAUUAAGGAUUGCAUCUAUCAUUACUCAUGUAGUUCAAGUGCUUAGUUCUUACAGGUAAACUGAACAAUGCAAUUGAUAGUCCAAUGAGCACAAAUGUUUAAGAUAUUGUACUGAUAAUGAAUCACAAUAUGUGUGUAUUUCAAUUUGCUUCUUCACUUUUCUC